CGCCAGUUCUCAGAAUCCGCAAAGCUCAAGCUCGGUGCUGACGUCAUGCGGCGCGCUACGGUCAGCCCUGGGGCGAAAGGUACGUCUCCGUAGGCAUCCCACCGUGCUCCCCUCUAUCUCCUCCAGCUCACAAUGUAUCUUUUCGUGGUAGACGGUCCCUUGUUUCCAAGUGCACGAGCUCCGACGGGCAACAGCAGUCGUGGACGCAACGGCGGCCUUUUCUCGUCUUCUUCGUCGUCUUCUGGGGAUUCUGACGCCUCGGACGGAGAGAAUGAUAGUAACCAUAGAGUGGGCACGGUUCCGCCUAUGUUAGGCGCCAUGGCACGUAGCCGCUCGGCCAAUACGCAGUCGAAUUCCCUGUCUGGGGGAGAUUUCCGACGUCGCACCAUGUUCUCCACGUCCACGACGUCACUAAGCUCAUCUGCCAAUUCUGGAGACAAUGGGGGGCAUUCUACGGAGAGGAAGGGGCUGUUUGAGAACGAUGACGAUGCUGGGGACUCACUCGAGACGUUCCAUGAGCGCGUGAAGCUCCGUCAGAGCCAGAAACAGUCGGAGAUGAAGGCGCUUAAAGCGCAACUGGAGACAGCGCAGCAACGCGUUGAGGAGCUGGAGACCAGGCUCAAUGAAGCUAAUAAGGUGAAGGAGGAAUGUACCAUUCGCACCAAGGAGUGUCAACGCAUCAUUGAGAAGCGUAACAAGCAGCUGAUGAAGGCGAGCGAGAAAAUGGCGCGGCAUUCGGAGCAGUACGAACUGCAAAUGACCGAGCUCCAGACGAGAUUGGCAGCGAUAACAGCACAGUGCGAUCAGUUGCGUGCUGAUGCUGCGUCGACGGAGGAGAUUAACCGACGAGCGCGUGAGUUAAAGGAGCAGGAGCUGCAUCGAGAAAUUGAAACACAGAAUAAAAAACACGACAGGCUUUUUCAAGCAACGGAGGCGCGACUUCGGGAACAACAAGCUGAGAAUGCGGCGCUAGUAGAGAAGCUGCUCAAAGUGGAGCAUCAGUUGACGGCUACAGCACACCAAAAACCCACUGCGGCUCAAGUAAUGGCAAGUGAUGAGUAUCAGAACUUGAUGAAACGAUGCGAGGAUGCAGAGGCGAUCAGUCGAGGACUCAACUUUCAACUGGAGAAAGAACAGCAGGAGAAAAAGUACCUACGGAAGCAGCUGACAGCUCUUCAAGACAGUGUGGGGGCUAAGACAGCAGCGGCUACAGCGGCGUCCGUGGGAUUUUUUCCCGACGCAAUAUUGUCAGAGUCUAGAGAUGAUGCUAGUAACCCUAGGGACAGCAUUGCGACAGUGGUUGCUGAAGCAGAGCUCGCGAGUUUCGACUUCACAGCUGGUAAAGGGUCUUCGCCUUCCAGUCCAAUUGCUGUAGAAGCACCGCCAUUACAAGGAGUUAGUUCUCCGACAAGUGCUGCCUCAAGUCCCGGUCAUAGUCAGGGACGAUCGCGAGGCUUUUCUGCUUCGAGUUUCGCAGACGAUGCUCCUAAACCAAGGGAAGGCAAACGCCGUGCUGCGUCGGCUCAAACGAUCAAAGUCAGUAUGGAUCCUUCGGAAAAGCCAGUGGAGGACAAGACCACUGCAGCCAACGGCAAGUCAGUUGGUACUUCUGUGACUUUCUUUGAGAAACUUUCCUCUAGAUUCAAACGGGGUUCGUCUCCACGGAACGGAGUGAGUACUGCGAAAGGUGACGACGAUGGUGCCGAUGCAGCAACGACAGCUGAAGCUGGUUUUUCGUCACCGCUUCCUCCUCGCCAAGGAUUCGCUCACAGCAAGGUGUUGAAGGAGCGUCCUCGAAUGUACGUGGCGAAAUCUCCAUCCCACCACGAAGAUGAGUCCAGCGAUAGCAUCUUUGGUAGUGAGUCAUCGUCGAGCGAUUCUUCGGACGAAGACAUGCCGCCGCCACCGCCACCUCCUCCGAUUUCUGUGCACGAAGCGCCUCCACCGUUUAAUCCUCCGGUCCAUGUGGAUAUACCGUCGCAACUGAUUCCUCCCGAUACUGGAGCUGACGCAGAUUCAAGUAGCUUGAGUGAAUCGGACGACGAUGACGAUGACAGGCAAGAAUCACACGAGGCAUCCGACAAACCGACGCAGUUACCAACACAAUUUGCAGAUCCUUUGGCAACACGAGGGCAGACCGAAACGUCUGGAGUAUCGCAGUCUUUCAGUAGAGUUUCAUCAUCUUCUUCAUCUUUCUCGUCUUCUUCAGAUGACGACGCUGAUGAGCCUGAUGUGGAAAAAAGCCAGCCGCUUUAUGUCGAUGCUAAGAAGAUUGACAGUUUGUCGGAAUCCUCUUCUUCAUCCGAUUCGUCGUCCACGGAUGAAGACGAUAAUACUGUCAAAAUCAAGACCGAGGUUCACAGAAAGGUUCGAAAGAGCAGUAUAUCAGGUCAAGAUCGUCGCGACAAGCGCUCAUCUCGCUCGCCUACGUCUUCCAAAAGUCGAGAAAAGAAGCGAAGCUUAAGUGGAGGUGACAAUUCCCAUAGCGCAAGCAAAAGUCGCAUGAAUGACUACAUGGAGGCGCGAGCAAAAAAGCGAAACGAGAAGCUGAAGCGCAAACAAGAAAAGGAGCACGAAGAGACGAAAAAGAAGGAGGAAUACGAAAAGGAAUGGGAAAAGAUGGCUCAAGAGGAACGCGAACGAAAGCGCAAGCAGCAGCAAGCAAGACGUAAUGGAAGGCGACGGCCGGCGAGCAUGAAAACUGUUCGUGUUUCGCAGAUGCGGCAGCAGAUGAAUAGUAAGCAGCAGCAAAAGGAUCAGAAAGAACCCCAAGUAUCUUCUCCGCCUCAUCCAAAUGACUUGCCACGACCUCACGGAGAUGACAGCGUGGAUAUGGAUGGCCAACCUCGUCGUAACCCUCGGCGAAAGAGCGAGAGCAAGACAUCAGAGAGUGAGGCGGAGGAAGAGCGAAUGACGUCGACUGAGUCGCCACCGCUACCUCCCGAGCCUACCCUGGCUGACACAGAGCUAUAUCUUCGCCAACAAGCACGUUUGCGUGAACGUCACGAAUUGCAGAUGAAGAAGAAGCUUGAAGCUGAUGAAGCUGAUGCUGUUCGGGGAGAUAUCCAUCGGCGUGUGGAAAUGUGGGCAUUUGGCAAGGAACUUUUGCAUAUGAUCCUUACGUUGGACCAAAUCUCAUCGAACGAUGCGCUUAAGAAGUGCCAACUGGUGGUAGUGCAAUCUCCUGACGACGAUACCGUGCGCAAGGCCUAUCGAAACAUCAUUCGGGUCGUUCACCCUGACAAAUUGCGAGGAGCUACGGUUCCCGAGCAACUGGAAGCUAAAGAGCUUUUCACUGUGCUGAAUCAAGCCUUUGAAAAGUUCAAAAACCAGACGAGCUGAGUUGUGCACUGAAAUCUGGAAUACAAACCAAUAUUGAACAAGGCGAUAGCAGUGUCAAUUAUUCAGAUUCUAUCGACGCUACUGACUUUGGCGCUCAACAUUUGCUUUUGUGGCGCUGAUGAGGCGGUCGAGCUCGCGUACCAGGUAACUUUUUGCGUCAUAUGCUCCACUAGCCAGCAGCAAUUUCCGCUCGCGAAUUAACCGACCAAGCUCAGUGCCAGGUGGUUCGGCGUGGGUAUCUUCUGAAUCAUCUAAUUCACCUUGAUCUUGGUCUGUGUCGACGUUAUCCGUCGUUAAUGAGCCCUGGUGAUUAGCUAUAUGAGAGUUUGAAGACUCUCGUUCGCUCCGUGACUCACGUUGAUUUAACCGAGGGGUCGUGUCUGCACGUCUAGUUUCUACGUAAGAGGAUGCCUCCCAGUCGCUUGCAUUUCCAUAGGCGUGGUCAGAGUGAAAACGCGAUCCUGGAUGGUAAUGUUCACUUGGUGAUCGAGCGUCUAUCUGACGGCUCUGUGUAUGCCAGCACUUGCGAUGAUGGUGUGAUGAAGUCGGUUCAUGUGAACGCUGUCUAUGGGAGCGUCUUUUUUCGAUGUUGCCUCUCAUCUUAAACCCCUUCAAGUCGUCCAGCUGCUUCUUAAUCGCUCGAAGUUCGUCUCGAUCUCCAUCGAGUACGUAUCUUUCCUCCCGAGCGAUAUACUUGACGCGAAGUUUCUCCAACUCAUCCACUACUCGUGCUUCAUGCUUCUUCUUCUCUCGGGUUAGCAAACCAGCCAUUUGAUCCAGUUGGGAUUUCAUCUUCUCGACAUUCGCCUCAGCGAUCUCGCACUCCCGUUCUUUUGCCAUUUUCUGCUUUUCUAGCUCAGACACAUUACCCUUAAGUGCUGCGAUCUCUUCUCGAAGUUUGGACUCGGGAAGUUUUCGCUGUUGUUGGCGGUACUCGGUAAAAUCAGCUUCGACUUGCUUGGCGCGGCUCUCGGUAUCACCAAGCUGCGACUCUAGCAGUGAUAUACGUCGUUCAUACGCUUCAGUCUGUUUCUUUGCCAAUGACAGUGUAUGGCUUUGUUCGCUCUUCAAACGCCGCUGAAGAGAAUCAUAUUCAUCUCGUUUUGCUUCCUGCUCUCGCUGCAAAGCGGCCUCGGU